AGUUGCGGGGAGUAGGAACUGCCCCCCCCCCCACCGGGGGGCUCCCGCUGGAGGGACCGAGAUCCGGAGGAGGCGCGAAGGGGACGGAGGUGGAGCCAGUGGCGGCGGCGCGGCGCGCGGUCGGGCUGACGUAUCUGGCCCAGGUUCCCCAGGAUCGCAGGGGGGUUGGCGGGGAGGCUGGAGGGGAGGAGGGCGAGGAGAAAGAGUGGAGGCGCGCGUGCGCAGCGGCGCGGGGAGGAGCAGGGACCUGGCAGCGGGCUGGGAGGCUGCGAGGGAGCCGCGAACCGGGCGAGCGGCGGGCGCGCGCACCAUGGGGGAGAAACCCGGGACCAGGGUCUUCAAGAAGUCGAGCCCUAACUGCAAGCUCACCGUGUACUUGGGCAAGCGAGACUUUGUAGAUCACCUGGACAAAGUGGAUCCUGUAGAUGGCGUGGUGCUUGUGGACCCUGAGUACUUAAAGGACCGCAAAGUGUUUGUGACCCUCACCUGCGCCUUCCGCUAUGGCCGUGAAGACCUGGACGUCCUGGGCCUGUCUUUCCGCAAAGAUCUGUUCAUCGCCACCUACCAGGCCUUCCCCCCAAAGCCUAAUCCACCUCGGCCCCCCACACGCCUGCAGGAUCGACUGCUGAGGAAGCUGGGCCAACAUGCCCACCCCUUUUUUUUCACAAUACCCCAGAAUUUGCCCUGCUCUGUCACACUGCAGCCAGGCCCAGAGGACACAGGAAAGGCCUGCGGGGUAGACUUCGAGAUUCGGGCCUUCUGUGCCAAAACACUAGAAGAGAAAAGCCACAAAAGGAAUUCUGUGCGUCUGGUGAUCCGCAAGGUGCAGUUUGCCCCAGAGAAACCUGGUCCCCAGCCUUCAGCUGAAACCACACGCCACUUCCUCAUGUCUGACCGGUCCCUGCACCUCGAGGCUUCCCUGGACAAGGAGCUUUACUACCAUGGGGAGCCCCUCAGCGUCAAUGUCCACGUCACCAAUAACUCCACCAAGACCAUCAAGAAGGUCAAAGUCUCUGUGAGACAGUAUGCCGACAUCUGCCUCUUCAGCACUGCCCAGUACAAGUGUCCUGUGGCUCAGCUCGAACACGAUGACCAGGUGUCGCCCAGCUCCACGUUCUGUAAAGUGUACACUAUCACCCCGCUGCUCAGCGACAACCGGGAGAAGCGUGGCCUUGCCCUGGAUGGGAAGCUCAAGCACGAGGACACCAACCUGGCUUCCAGCACCAUCGUGAAGGAGGGGGCCAACAAGGAGGUGCUGGGAAUCCUCGUGUCAUAUAGGGUCAAGGUGAAGCUGGUCAUGUCUCUCAGUGGGGAUGUCUCCGUGGAGUUGCCUUUUGUUCUCAUGCACCCCAAGCCCCAUGACCACAUCACCCUUCCCAGGCCCCCGACCGCACCCACCCACCCGUCCCCUCUGCUCCCCUCAGCUGCUCCUGAAAUAGACGCCCCUGUGGAUACCAACCUCAUUGAGUUUGAUACCAACUAUGCCACAGACGACGACAUUGUGUUCGAGGACUUUGCCCGGCUUCGGCUGAAGGGGAUGAAAGAUGAGGACUACGAUGACCAAUUCUGCUAGGAAGAGGGGCUGGGAAGGAAGGAUGGUUCUGGGAGAGGUAGGGGUGGGACCUAGAUCCCCACCAUCGCUGUGGGGAGGGUCUCAGCCUCUCUUCCCCUCCCCUCCCCUCCCCUCCAUCAAGUAGCUUCUGUAACCAGCCUCUGUCCUCCUUCCUCCCAGCUGCCCCCAACACGCACUGGACCCAUCUCUUACUGAACAUGGGCAUUAACUUUUUUUUUUUUACCACAGCCGUGCUUCCCUAACCUCUCCCCCACCCCCAUGGGCAGCAAGCUGUAUUCACACCUAACGUUUUGGAGGUGGUCACAGUGCGAGUAGAGGAAGUGGGCAGUCCCCACAUUCAGCCUUACACCAACACCUGCCCCUCAUAUCUGCCUCCCCUUCCUUCAGGAUGAGACCUGUGAGGGGAAAGACCACUUCUUUGUUUCUUGAGCAUAAAGAAGAAAAUAAACCUUUUAAUAGGCACAA